AUGGCGCGAAGCUCAAAGCUUCAGAAGAAGCAGUCUUUGAGCAAUACCGGUGAUCGAGUGCAGACACGGUCAUCUGCAGCUAUGCAAAGUCCUCGCAGUGACCAGCAGCGCCAGCCCCAGAAGUGCACCAAGUGUCCGGGCAGGCCGCUCAGGUCUCAAUGUGCUCAUACACGUAAGGGAAAGGAGUAUAUUGCCCAGCAUGCUGCUGAACUGGCUCUUUCUAAUCCUUUGCCGUCAACCUCAAACCAUUCACCAUCCUUGUCUGACCCCUUCACAUCGAUCUCGGCCUCUGAGCAUCAUUGUCCUAGGGAUACUUCUACUUCUACUCCCUCAACGCCAGCUACACCAUCUCCUCGUCCUGUCACUGUUCUUACCAGUCACGAUCUUGCACAUCUGUCUUUAAGAUCGACCGGAAGUUCAAUGUCGUCUUCACAAUCUGGUUCGUCAGCUUCAGCUCGGGUUGCUCCAAAUCGUACCAGCGCAAGGAAUCCAUACAAUGGCUAUGUGGAUGGUGCCUAUCGUGGUACCGAGGUCUAUCAAAUUGUUUGUGGGCAUCGUCUUCCCUCUCCAAUAUCCGACAAUACUCGUGCUGUCAAAAAAUUCACAAAUGCCAUUAAUUCCAUCAUUGAAAAGUGUGAGGAUAUCUCCCGUGAAACGGCCUGCUGGUUAUUUAUUGGGGCGCAGCAUUCAACUGCCCGCGGAGGUGCCAUUAGUUAUGCCUCUCCUCGUCUUUGGAGGGAUGCUGCAGCCCAGGUUGGAAAUAUUGGAACUCAAUUCUCAUCACUCACACGAAAUUUGAUUAAUGCUCGCACACAGGAAAAUGUUGAGCUUCAGCGCCAACUAGAUGAGUCUCGUCGACAGAAUGAAGAGAUAUCCCUACAGUUACAGGCAGUCAAUCAAUCCCAGAAGGAGUUGGAUAGAGAGCUACGUCGAUACAAGAGUAGAUACAAUCUAGAUUCCUAA